AGACCUUGGUGAAGCAGCUCUCCUCCUACGAAAUAAUCACACCCGUGCGAGUGAAUGAAUUUGGAGAAGUUUUCCCUCACACGCGUUUUUUUUGCAGGAGGAAAAGGAGCUUGGAGGCACCACUGGAGCCCGCUGCUUUCCGGACACAUUACCGGCUCAGUGCAUACGGGCAGGUCUUCCAGCUCAACCUCAGUGCUGAAGCCAGCUUUGUUGCUGCUCAGUACGCUGUGGUGCACAUAGGGGCCCCACAGAAGCAGUCCUCCCCUGAUUUGCGCCACUGUUUCUACCGUGGGCAUGUCAAUGCACAGGAGACUCACAUGGCUGUCUUCAGCAUCUGUGGUGGCUUGAUGGGCACCUUUAAGGCACAUGAUGGUGAAUAUUUUUUAGAACCUCUGAUGAAAGCGGAUGGAGGUGAACAUGAAGAUGAGCAUAACAAACCACAUCUUAUAUACAGGCACGAAGAACCUAAAAAAAAGUAUCAGAAAUCCCAUAAACCUUGUGAGGUUUCAGAAAAAGAGUUGAAGAGCACUUUACUACAUCCAACCUUCAGCAGCUUAAAUGAAGAGAGUAAUGUUUUACAGAAGUCUCUCAGUUUAGAGUAUGCUUUAAAUAACCUAUCGAUAGAGGAUCGUGGCAAUCCACAUUUCAGGAAAAAGCGUUUCCUUUCCUAUCCAAGAUACGUAGAAGUGAUGGUCACAGCUGACACCAAAAUGGUUCGUCACCACGGGCAGAAUUUACAGCACUACAUACUUACACUGAUGUCAAUAGUUGCAGCAAUCUACAAAGAUUCAAGUAUUGGAAAUCUUAUAAAUAUAGUUAUUGUAAAAUUAAUUGUAAUUCACAAUGAACAGGAAGGACCAGCUAUCACUUUUAAUGCAGCUACCACUCUUCGCAAUUUUUGCUUAUGGCAGCAAACACAAAACACUUUGGAUGACGCUCACCCUUCUCAUCAUGAUACUGCUGUUCUUAUCACUAGGGAAGAUAUCUGCAGAGCUAGAGAGAAGUGUGAUACUCUUGGUUUAGCAGAACUAGGUACAAUGUGUGACCCACUACGCAGCUGUUCUAUAAGUGAAGAAAAUGGAUUGAGUGCUGCUUUUACUGUAGCGCAUGAGCUUGGACAUGUAUUUAAUGUGCCUCAUGACGACAGUUUUAAAUGUAAAGAAGCUGGAAUUAAACAUCAAUACCAUGUGAUGGCUCCAACUUUAAAUUACCAUACGAGUCCAUGGACCUGGUCAAAAUGCAGUCAAAAAUAUAUCACUGAAUUUCUUGAUACUGGCUAUGGUGAAUGUCUCCUAGACAAACCUAGUGGAAGAAUAUAUGAUCUCUCCUCUCAGCUGCCUGGAUCAAUGUAUGAUGUCAACAAGCAGUGUGAACUUAUGUUUGGUCUUGGGUCUCAAGUGUGCCCUUAUCUGAAACAAUGCAAACGCUUAUGGUGCACAAGCACAGAAGGUGUUCACAAGGGUUGUCGUACUCAGCACAUGCCUUUGGCUGAUGGAACCAUUUGUGGUGUGGGAAUGCACUGCCGCCAUGGAAUUUGUGUGAGCAGAGAAAUGGAGGCUCGUCCUGUAGAUGGAGAAUGGGGACCAUGGGGACCUUAUAGCUCCUGUUCAAGAACCUGUGGAGGUGGAAUCAAGAGCACCACCAGGCUGUGUAAUAGACCAGAACCAAGAAAUGGAGGAAAGUACUGUGUUGGCCGCAGGAUGAAAUUUCGAUCAUGUAAUACAGAUGCAUGUCCAAAAGGCAAAAAAGAUUUCCGGGAGCAACAGUGCUCUGAAUUUGAUGGCAAACACUUUAAUAUCAACGGUCUUACGUCUGCUGUUCGCUGGCUUCCAAAGUACAGUGGUAUUGCUAUGAAAGAUCGCUGUAAACUUUUUUGCCGAGUUUCUGGAACAACUUCCUACUAUCAGCUGAAGGACAGAGUUGCUGAUGGUACUCCCUGCGGAGCAGAAACCAAUGACCUUUGUGUUCAAGGCUUAUGCAGGCAAGCAGGCUGUGAUCACGUUUUGAAUUCCAAGGCAAGGAGAGACAAAUGUGGAAUCUGUGGUGGUGAUAAUUCUUCAUGUAAGACUCUUGCAGGUACUUUCAACAGUGCUCAUUAUGGUUACAAUGUUGUAGUAAAUAUUCCCAAAGGAGCAACAAACAUUGAUAUUCAGCAGCACAGCUACUCAGGGAAACCAGAAGAUGACAACUACCUUGCUUUAUCUGAUAUACAUGGAAAUUUUAUCUUGAAUGGAAAUUUUGUUGUAAGCAUGUCAAAAAGAGAAAUCAAUAUACAAGGAGCCAUUUUUGAGUACAGUGGUUCAAACAAUACGAUAGAACGAAUUAACAGCACUGAUAAAAUCGAAGAAGAGCUAACCUUACAGGUGCAUGUUUUUGGGAAUUUAUACAACCCUGAUGUGCGUUAUUCAUUCAAUAUCCCAAUAGAAGACAGAAGCGAUCAGUUUACGUGGGAUCCUUACGGACCCUGGCAAGACUGCAGCAGGAUGUGCCAAGGUAUUCGAAGAAGAAGAAUGAUGUGCAUACGUAAAAGUGAUCAUGUGGUAGUGUCUGAUCAAAGAUGUGAACUUAUACCCACUGUGCCUGAUGUCUUUGAGGAGUGUAAUACAGAGUGUGAAUUAAGGUGGCACAAUGUUGGCAAAAGUGACUGCACAUCAAAGUGUGGCCCAGGGUAUCGGUCUGUAGAGAUCCACUGCAUGAAGUACGCAAAAGGACUCAGUGCUCCAGUGGAUGAUAAGUACUGCGCUGAUCAGCAGAAACCACCAACCAGAGAGCCCUGCCAUGGUGACUGUAUGCUAACAAGUUGGCACUACACAGCAUGGUCAGAGUGUUCCAGGAGCUGUGAAAGAGGUGUCAGAACCAGAGAAGCUUUUUGUAUGAACAAUUUAGGCCGUCAUCUUCCUGACAGAGAAUGCCAGGAACUUCCAAGAGUUGUAACACAGAGUUGCAAUGACUUCUUAUGUCCCAGCUGGUCCGUUAGUGAGUGGAGUGAGUGUCCUGUGACAUGUGGCAAAGGAAUGAAGCAUCGUCAAGUACAGUGCCAACUUAAUGAUGAACAACUGAGAGAUGAUUUCUGUAACCCAAAUGAUAGACCAAAAUCAGUAACACCGUGUGAACUUCAUGAAUGUGCAUCUUGGCAAGUAGGGCCUUGGGGAUCAUGUUCUGUAACAUGUGGACGCGGAUACCAGAUGCGUGCAGUCAAAUGUGUUACUGGGACAUACAGAGUUAUUUUGAAUGAUGACAGGGAGUGCAAUGCUGCUACUCGUCCUAGAGAUAACCAAGAAUGUGAAUUACCCCCUUGUCCAGAAAACACAAAAUUAUGGACUACGUCACUUCCUGUAGCUCAUGUGGGGAAGAUGACCCAAUGGAGAUACGGAUCGUGGACCCCAUGCUCUGCAUCCUGUGGAAAGGGUGAUCGUGCUCGCUAUGUGAGUUGUCGAGAUGCUCAUGGAGGAAUAGCAGAUGAAUCUUUCUGUGCUCACUUACCACGACCAGCUGAAAUUUCAAGCUGCUUUAGCCCAUGUGGAGAGUGGCAAGUUGGAAAUUGGUCCCCUUGCACAGUUACAUGUGAUAGUGGAAUAAUAACAAGACAAGUUAUCUGUGUCAACUAUCAUCAACAAAUCGAUGAGAAUUACUGUGAUCCUGAAGGCCAGCCUCCCAAAGAACAGGACUGUAAUAUGCCACCAUGUCCACCAGUUUAUCAUCAUAUUCCAAAAACACGUGACCAUCCAAGCCAUUUUCCAGAAAUAGGUUACCUUCCAAUACACAAUCCACAAGACAAUAUAAACCAGUGGAACCGUCCCUCUGUGGGAGGAUAUCAAUGGAGAACUGGACCCUGGGGAGCAUGCUCUAGUACUUGUGCAGGUGGAUUUCACCGUCGAGUUGUAGUAUGUCAAGAUGAGGAAGGAAGAAGUGCUAGUUAUUGUGAUGAGGCAACAAAACCUCCAGAGUCAAGACACUGUGAUUCUGGACCCUGCCCACGAUGGAACUAUGGAAACUGGGGAGAA